UCUCCUUUUCUUUUACAGAUCAACGAUUUUCUCUUUCACAAUCUGUUAGUCUUCUUUCUUUCUCUCUCUCUCUCUGUCAGCUUGGGCUUUUGAAGGUAAAUCUUUGGAUAUCUUUUUCCGGGUAAAUUCGACUACUUAGGGAAGGUUAUUAUUGUUUAAAAGUUGGAGGUCUUGGUCUCAUGAGAAUUGUUAGGGGAAUGCAGAAAUCUUUUCGCUGCGACAACAAGGAGCUGAACGCACUGGGCUGGAAGAAUUCCUUCAGCCACGGAAUUGGCAUUACUGCGCCUAAGGCAAGAACGCGUGACAAACCUAUGAGUCUUUAAGUCUGGGAAGAAGAAUUGGUUCUCGGGGUUAUAUACUUGAGGACAAUAAAUAUUGAAGCAAGAUGACUCGGAUUCUAGUUCAGCGAGGCAGUGGUUCUUCUUCAAACCAGAGCCGGGCAGGGUCUUCUUCUUCGGCUACUUGGCCAGAUGCACAGGGUACUAGCACCCCCCAGUCUGCGUCAACUGUGAGAGAUGAAGAAAUUGGCGAGGAGGUGCAGGAGCAGGUAGUGGUUGAUGAAGUAUUGGAGAACAGUGGUAGUAAUGAUAAUAAAGUGGUAAAAAGUGAUGAACUUUUGACAGUUAGUAUAAACGAUGACCAAAUUGAGAGUUUGAAUGACGACAUUGUUGAUAACGAGAAAGUAGGUAAUGAUGAAGGGGUGGGCUCAGGGGAUUUGGUUAAAGGAUUGAGUGGAUUGAUUUUGGAGAGAUCUCUGGUGGAGAGUGAAGGUUCAAGUGCUGGUUAUCCUGAGGUUGGUAGUGGAAGCCCACAACCACCACCUCCACCUGUGCCACCUCCCAAACCUGCCCUAACAAACUUGAAUUCAAGAAGAUUUAUGCCAGGAGCUUCAAAUUCUGUGCGAAUUGGAUCAUCUAGGAGAGCUGUUGCUUGGCCUGUUGUUUCAACAAGGUCUUCACCAACUGGAUCACGGCCAUCCUCUCCUGGGUCUCAUGGUGAAAAUGAGGGGUACAAUAGUGGUGAUGAGCAGAAUCCUUGCUUUGUUUCCACCUAUGGUGAUUACGAAAGAGAACGGCAGUUUGAGAUUGACAUCAGAAGGUCCAAAGGAUUAGAAGUCAAAAAAAUGUUGGAGGAUGGGAAUUGUCUCUUUCGUGCUGUGGCUGAUCAGGUUUAUGGGGAUUCUGAAAUGUAUGAUUCAGCCCGACAAAUGUGCAUGGACUAUAUGGAAAGGGAAAGGGAUCACUUUUCUCAAUUCAUAACUGAAGGUUUUACAUCUUACUGUAAGAGGAAGAGAAGAGACAAGGUUUAUGGAAACAAUGUAGAGAUUCAAGCUUUAUCAGAAAUGUACAAUCGACCAAUCCACAUUUACUCUUAUAGCACAGAACCUAUCAACAUAUUUCAUGGGAGCUACAAUACUGACACACCGCCCAUACAUCUAAGUUAUCAUCAUGGUAAUCAUUACAACUCUCUUGUCAACCCUCGUCGUUCAACAAUUGGUGCCGGACUUGGUUUCAGCUGUCUUCAAGGGGCAAGUGUGGACAGAGAUCAGGUCAAAGCUGCUAUUAAAGCUCAACAAGAACAGCAGAUUGAUAAUGCACUUCUUGCUGAGGGGCGGUUUUACUCUGAUCUUGAACUUACUGAGAAGGAGAUUGAGCGCAUGGUGAUGGAAGCUUCUAGAGCUGAGUAUCUUGCUGACAACAAGUUCAAACCACAACUUGGUCGUAAAGAAUCCUCUACUGUUGGUGCAGAACCAUCAUCUUCUAGUGCUAGAUCAUCAGCUAGUGAGACGUCUAAGGCAGAUGGUGUCAGAGAACAUGGCUUACAGGAUGCUGUUCUUAGCAGUAGUAUGCAGAUGGUGCUGUCAAUGGGAUUCAGUUACCUGCAAGCAAUUGAGGCCUACAGCAUAUUUGGUGAUGAUGUGGAUUCAAUGGUUUGUUACCUCUUGGAAACUGGCAGCAGCAGCAGACGGAAAGGCAAGGCAACCGAAUAAAAUGUAAAUGAGAUAUGGAAUUUUCCCGUCUCGAUAGACUUUGACCUCUCAAUGCUGUGCGUUGUACUUGGAUUAAGGGAAAAAAAAAACUGGUCCAGUUGAAACACAAAACUUCCAGAACUCUAGAAUCUGGUUUUCAAGCUUGAUCAAUGAUAAAAUGGAUAUAGUGGUUAACCGUUACAAUGUCCUUU